UCUACAAGUAUUUGUGGCAAUAAGCAACGGUGGAUUAUUACAAAAAGUGACGAACAACUAUUGCUGCGAAAUGAGUUACCGCGGUCGACGAUCCAAAUUGACGGAUGACAAUGUUGAGCGAUGAAAGAAUUGUAUCAGAAUGGGGUAGCCCAUCGCAACAUUGCGAAGGAAAAGGGAAUCUCCGAAACGAAUAUGCGGCGCAUUAUUAGUUCCCACGGUAUUCCGAAACGUGAGCGGAAAUUAGCGACUUUGUUGUCUCCUCAACAGGAAGAUGAACUGGUCAAGUUUUUGGUGUCGCUGGGUCCUUUUGGGGGAAAAUAUGUAGCGCUCCGGAAUUUGAUGGAAGAAUUCGCCCGUGAAAAUGACAUGCAGUGCACAUUCACAUAUUUCUGGCGCGAUGGCUUCGUGCGACGGAAUCGUCAGCGUCUGCCGGCUCACUUUAUUAAGCUGCUCAGUCCCAGAGGAACAUCUUUGACGAGCGGGUAUGAUGAUGAUUUGGACAUCCUGAGGGCGAUGAAUUCCAGAAGGCGCCCCCGGAGGAUAUUAACCGAAGACGAUGCGGGCGUAAAGGAGCCCAGCGUGUGGAAACAGAAGCCGAAGUUGAAUGUCCACGAGCGCGCCGUCAAAGAGACACGGAAGGCGUUCAUCCAUGGCGGACUGACCAAGGAAGAGGCCAACGAACUUCUCGUGCGACUGCGAGUCGAAGGAAUUCCGCAGCCAGUAACCCCCGUGCCACAAAUGUCCAGUGAUAUUCUGUGGGUUACCGCGAUUAAUAAUAUUUUCGGCGAGACAUCCGGUGAACCGCAACCGACCUGUUCCACCCAGGAAGCAGUACCGGAAGCGAUAUUCCCUAAUUUUCUUCUCAAGGCAAAGAUACCGCCGACUGUAAAAUUUGAUGUGAACAGGAGAAGUCCGAUGAAGAAGACAGCUUUCCAGCUGAUCUGGUUUAAAGAGAAAGCUUUUCAAAAAAGCACAACAUGCGGUGAUAAACGAGCCAAACGACUGGGACAGCUGCUGAAUCUUUCUCCGACUCAAGUUAUCCAUUGGUUUCAUAAUACUGCGCGUCAGAAACGGAAGAUGGCGCAAAAGGCGGGUCCGGAAGGAGUAGUCGUACAAGAUGCCAUUUUGGAGGCGCAAGCUAGUCAUGCCAUGUUGGGUGGAGAGGAAGGAGCGCUGGAUGGAGGCGAAACGAUGCUAGAAAGCGGAGAACAUUAUACCAUGGAGAAGAUUAAUCAGGAAACACCACAAGGGUUGGUUCUGGAAGGGUGAUAUUGCUGUGUUUGUGCGAGUUGCUGUGUAAUACUGUACAUAGAUUUUAUACUUGGGUAGUGAUAAGAGAUUUCUGUUAAUAAUGCCACAGUCAAACUUCUGGUAAGCUUGCCCCAAAAAUGACGUGAAAUUUCCUCAGCGAUCUCUCUGUUUGUGAUAUGUACGGUAU